CAUAGACUCAUCUCAACCAAAAAGAAAAAAAAAAGGAAAAUUCAAAAAAUUUAAUUUACAAAUUUCAAUCUAAGAAAUUGUAAUGAUGUGGUGGCUUCUGCUUUGUGGGUUCAUAAGUCAUUGGUCAAGAAGAGAGUUUCAUACAAGGAAUAAGACUCUUCCUCCUACAUUUAAACCUAAUCCCCUUUUCCCCUUCUCUCUCUACCUUUUUCUUCUUCUUCUUCUUCUUCUUCUUCCGUAUCUGCGAUUCUCUGAUCGGAUCCGAUGAAGGAGAUCACUGAUUCCGUCGAUCCCAGGAUCAUGUUCAAGCAUCAAUCCCUUAUGCAGGAUUAUCACGACUUGCAAAAGGAAACAGAGUUUAAGAUGAGGAAGUUGGAGAUGAUGAAACAGAGACGAUCAAACCUUGACGCAGAAGUUAGGUUCUUGAGACGUAGAUACAAACACUUGAAGCAAGACCAAACUCUUGAAACAUCUCCCGACAUGUUGAAGGUGCCUAGUAAACAGAGUGGCAAAAGAAAGAAGUACUCUGCUCCUAGACACAAGGAUACAAUUUGCAAUGAGAAGAAGGAAGCAUUGGCGGCGUUAUUAGAUAAUGCAAAUUGUGAAUUGGACAAUAAGAAUCCGAAAAGGACGAGAGGGAACGAGGUUCUGUCAAACACCACUCCUCUUCCUGAUCUUAAUGGAGAUGGGAGGAGCACUGACAAAUUCCCCACGGGGUUUGACCUAAACCAGAUCUCGAGAGAAGAAGAGGAACCGGAAGCGAAUGGUGGACAAGUGCUCGCUGAGGCAACAAAGAAGGAAGUGCUUGGUGAUGGAAUCGAUGAUCUACGUGGUGGAAUGAAGUUGCCGAUAUGCAGAGACGUGGAGAAAGAGUUGAACAGAACAGCAGUGAAGAGGAAGGUUUCAUGGCAAGAUCCAGUGGCUUUGAGUGUUUGAGAAGGGAUUUAAGUAAGAAUAUCAAGUAGGAUUCUGAGAUAUUGUGAUUUACCCCAAUAUGCACAUAUGCUUUAAAGGGUUUUUAUAUAUGCACAGGUGUAGUAGAUAUAUGAAGAUUUGAUCAGUUUGAAAUCAUAAUUUUCAUAUGUUCCAACAUCCAAUUUGGUGA